ACCCUGCAGUGAUUUCCCCCCAAGACCCCACCUUGCUGAUCGGCUCCUCGCUGACCGCCACCUGCACGGUCAGCGCCGACUUCCACCUGCGCGCCGAGGACCUGUACUGGACCCUGAACGGCCGGCGCCUGCCCGCCGCCUCCUACGCCGCCCUCGGCCCCACCACGCUCAGCGUGGCCCUCGCCCGCCUCAACGGCUCCAAGCAGCAGUCGGGGGACAACCUGGUGUGCCACAGCCGGGACGGCGGCAUCCUGGCCGGAUCCUGCCUUUACGUCGGACUGCCCCCAGAAAAACCAGUCAACAUCUCCUGCUGGUCCAAGAACAUGAAGGACCUCACCUGCAAGUGGGCCCCGGGCACCGAAGGGGAAACCUUCCUGCACACUAACUACACGCUCAAGUACAAGCUCAGGUGGUACGGCCGCGACAACACGUGCCAGGAGUACCACACGGCCGGGCCCUACUCCUGCCACAUCCCCAAGGACCUGGCCCUCUUCACGCCCUACGAGAUCUGGGUGGAGGCGUCCAACAGGCUGGGGGUGGCCGUCUCCGACGUCGUCAUGCUGGACAUCCUCGACGUGGUGACCACGGACCCGCCGUCCGACGUGCACGUCAGCCGCGUGGGCGACCUGGAGGACCAGCUGAGCGUGCGCUGGAGCUCGCCGCCCGCGCUCAAGGAUUUCCUCUUCCAAGCCAAGUACCAGAUCCAGUACCGCGUGGAGGACAGCUCGGAGUGGAAGGUCGUGGACGACGUGGGCAACCAGACCUCGUGCCGCCUGGCCGGCCUCCGCCCCGGCACCGUUUACUUCGUCCAGGUGCGCUGCAACCCCUUCGGCAUCUACGGCUCCAAGAAGGCCGGCAUCUGGAGCGACUGGAGCAACCCCACAGCCGCCUCCACCCCGCGCAGCGAGCGGGCGGCGGGGGGCUGCGACCCCAAGGGCGGCGAGCAGAACACGACGCUGCGGCGGGAGCUGAAGCAGUUCUUCGGCUGGGUGAAGAAGCACGCCUACGGCUGCUCCAACCUCAGCAUCAAGCUCUACGACCAGUGGCGCGUGUGGCUGCAGAAAUCGCACAAAACACGCAACCAGGUUCUACCCGGCGAUAAGUUGUAGCCCCCGCGGGGCCGAGCGCCGGCAGCACGGCACGGGGCGCCCGGCGCCCGCCCGGGGCCACCCUCGCCCGCCCCGUCCCCGCCGCCGCGCUGCACCGGGGGGGGGCAAGAAGGCACCCGGGGCAAGGAGCAGCCCCGCACCCCGCUGCAAGGGGGGUUCAGAGGGGGCGAUCCGGGGGGUGCGGGCUGGGGCUG